AUUAAUUUUUUUUGUUUUGUUUGUGCCCUUCUUUACGUGAAACAGUAGAGUUGGAUUCGGCAACAUAAGCAAUGGGAGCUGCUUAUGCCGCCACUACUUUCUUCCUCCUGCCUGCACACAACCCGACCCGUUUCUCCAGAAAAUUACUUGUUCUACGUUCAUCUGCAAUAUCACCUCCUUUAAUAAGAAGGUUCCGUAGAAAUAGAAAAAACUACCUCCGACCCAAGAUUCUCAGAACCCGACCCGACCCAGUUCUUCUUGAACCGCUCUUUCCGGGUGCCGAGGAAAUUCUCAUUGAUCCACUACCCGAUAACCCAUUACCCGACCCGUUAAUUGAGGAAACAUUGAAAGAAUGUGAUGAAUCACAUGAAGUUUCUGUCUCAGAUGUUAAUAAUAAUGUUGGGUUAGGUAAAUUUUCUAAAUUUACAGUUUUUAGAGUUGGGUUGUUUUUGGUUGGGGCUUUUGUGGUUCAGACAAUUUUUGCUGUUUUGUUAUUCGGGUCGGGUCAAAAUGGGAUAGUGGAUAGUGAGAAUGAAAGUAGGGUUUUGGGGUUGAAUGGUAAUGGGGUUGGGAAGUCCAGGGUUUCGGUUGGUGGGGGUGGGGUAGUUUAUGUUGAUGAAGUCGAAAUGCGGAAGAAAGUUAGGGAGAUUCAAGUGAUGGCUAGGGAUGUGAGGGAGAAGGAGAGGAGGGAAGGGAAGAAUGGGAAUGAUGGUGAUUUGAAGGGCGAUGAUGUUGGUGUUGAUGUAACUCGAAUCGAGAAGGAGGUUGUUAGGCGGUUAGGGAGGCGGGGGAAGGGUGUAAAGAAAAUGUCGGUUGGAUAUAUGAGGAAUGAUGAUGGUGAUAAGGAUGGUUUAGUUGCUGAGGAUAUUAAUGAAGCUUUGUUAGUAAAGAAGGCAGAAUCUGAGAGUAUAUAUGUUAGUACUAUUGACGAGGCAAAAGGUUGUAGGAGUUUGGAUGAUGGUGAGGUUGAUAACAGAAGUGCAAUUCUUCGUAGUGAAGCUCUGGAAAAGACACGGGAUGAUAGUGAUGGUAUGGAAUUAUUGGAUAGUGCCCGUACGGUAGAAAAGCCAAAUGCUGAUAUAGUGAGGAAUGAUAUGGUUGAUUCAGGGGAAGAGGAUGUGAGUAACGCAACUGAAGUUACUAGGAAGAAGUCAAGUAAAGGGAAGGGAAGAGUAAAACUUGGCAAAGCUGAACCAUUGAAUGGCAAAGCUGUAAAGUUGGAUGAAUCACAUAAGCUAAAUGGAGCAAGUUCUCAAAGGUCAACAUGGUGGUUGAACCUUCCUUAUGUUCUAGCUGUGGUCAUGCGUACAGGUGGCGAUGACCAAGAAGCAAAUGGACUAUACAGGAUAAAAAGCACUUCUCACAGCUUGGAUGACUCAUCUCAUGUUGUUGCUUUCGAAGAUCGUGGUGAUGCAACCAACUUCUGCUAUCUUCUGCAAUCCUUCUUCGAAGAUCUGGACAACUUCAGUACAGAUAUAAUUCCCAUCCCAAUAGAAGACCUUGCUGAGGCAGUAGAGUCACAUUGGAUGGAGGUAGUUGUUGUCAAGAAGGGGCAACUUCAGCUUUAUGCUGGCCAGCCACUUUCUGAUGUCGAGAUGACCUUGCGCUCCCUGGUUGAACGAAGCUAAUCUGCAUCAUCAUGACCAGAAAACUUAAUGCUUCAACUGCACGAGCACAAGAGUUUUAGGGGCUAAUUACAGUUAUAGUUUUGCCACAAUCUGUGAAGUGUUAGCUGAGCACAAGUUUUGUGUACCCAUAUCAUGAUAUGCAUUAUGUAGUAUGUUUUUCCCCUUCCUAUAUAUUUAUAGAACUUCUGGCAAAGCAUAAUUCAACGAGAUAUUUGAAAUUUUCAAGGAUAA